UUUUUUAUAGAAUAUUCUGUUAUAUUAAUUUUCCAGAAAGCAUCUCAAAUGUACCGUACAAUACUGUUAUCAUUUUUAACGAUCGCGACUGUCGUGGUUAGCCAUGUGGAAUGUACGGCUCCAGAUCAAAUGACGGCGCCGACAUUCAGCUUAAUCAAAUCAACAUCAAUUACUGUGAACUUUGAAUCAGUGACUUCGGCCGUAAGGUAUCACGUCACCGUGACACAAAGGUACGAUUCGAGCUUCACGCAGUCAUUUACAACGACUGAGACAUCAUUAAUAAUCGUAGAUUUUAUACAAAGCACUUUAUACGAUGUCACUGUCAAAGCGGAGAAUUCGCAAGGAGAAAUUGGUGGGGAUAGCCCAUCAUCAACUGUUCAAACAAUGCCAGGAGCCCCAACGCUUAUGGCUAACAACCCACUUCCGACUGGUUCAUUCGUAUUUUUCAACACGCCUAAUUCAGCAAGAGUUUCGCAGUGGAGGUUGGAAUAUAGAGAAAAGGGAACUGGAGAUAGCGCUAUAUCGAUUGGCGGAGGAUAUUAUGGUCUAUGGUUAUCAGGGCUCAAAGGCGACACAGAAUAUGAGAUUCGGGGAAGAGCUUUACAGCUUAAUGAAACUACGACUUUAACUGAAAGCGAAGUUGAUUUUUCGGCGUGGCAAACUAUAAAAACCGAUACUCUGUCUGUGUUUGGUCGCGUCGAUCUGGUUGAUUUCACAUACAGCAGUGCAUAUUCAACAGCCUAUAGCAACGAAUGGAACUCGACCUUAGCUGUCAUACAAAGUGCUUAUUCUUCUGUCAGUAGCGUCAAGUCGAUUAAUAUUAUCAGAAUCGAAGAUAACGGUGGAAAACCAGUGGCUUACUAUCAAUUAAGAGUCACAGAUAAAACUCUUCCAUCUGCAACAGAUUAUACAAUAAGUGGAUCGCAAUUCUCCAAUUCAAUUAUAAACAACGGAGAUGAGGCCGUUGGAACCCCCUUUAUAUUAAUUCGAGACGAUGAAUACACUUUGGCAUAUUCUCCAAAUUCGUCGAAGGUUUGCGACAAACUGGUUGAUAGAUAUAUGUUGGUUACACCGGAAAAUCAAGACACACUUGAAAUUCAUUUAAAUGUUGUUUCAGCCGAGGGAGGAGCCGCAGAUGAGAGCGAUAGCCUUAUAAUAUCUGGCACAAAUUUACUCACAGAUGAUGGCGUUGUUCAACAAACCGUAUCACCCAACACCGUUCUCGGAUUCAAUCCAAAGUUUCUUGUGAAAGAUUGUCUUCGAAAUCAAGUUUCGGGUGAUAAUAAUUCUUCCUAUACCCAGUUUCUAUCGGCGAUAAAUUUGAAUCAACGAACAGAAACUGUUGAAGCGUUGUUUUACACUACAGAUGCAAGUGCAAGCAUUUUAAACAUCUCUGGUAUAACUGUUGCAUCAUCAUCAAUCGAGAAUAUAGCAACUAUCAGUAUACCUGCAGUUGACAAAGCAAUAAAGUACGAGCUUCUAAAUGGCAGUACUGUUCUAAAUAGCGUAACAGAAGAAGAUAUUGAUGGUUCAGAGUAUAUCAAAGUAACUCAACAGUGGGAACAAACGUCUCAGACUUCUCUGACAUUUACAGUUCGAGUGAGUACUCGAAAACAGGAUGGAAGUACAGGCUCAAUUACAUCUGGAGCUGUAACAAUCACAUCAGAUCGUGAAGCUUGCUCAAGUUGUUCUUCGAAUGCUUUUUGUGUGACUAUGUCGUCACAAAUACUUUCUUGUACAUGUAACACUGGAUAUGUUGGCGAUGGUGUCACUUGUUCCCUACCAGUGAUGACUACUGCAUCACCAACUGCUUCUUCAGAUCAAUCAAUUACAAAUACAACAUCAAUGAUAACUAGUAAUUCAGAUGUAGAUAUCAGUACUAGUGUAGAUUCUUCUGAAGGAACGGUUACAAAAACCACCUCACACAUAUCUACAACAUCUGGCGUAGCGAGCAGCACUCGCUUGUAUUAUGCAAUCUGCUUUAUUCUGGCAACCAUAUCGCACUUAUGCACAGGGACUGAAUUUUUCUGAGGAAGAUAUUUUAUACGCUCGCUACAUGUCAGAAGAGAUAACUUUUACUGCUUGUAGUCUGCUACCAAUCUCAAGAAUGACGGUCAUAAUACCCGAACAUAACAUACCAUACUAUCUUCAGAAAAAACUUUGCUUCAAUCAUCGAUUUAUACUGUUAAACAUUUUGUUUCAUCAUAUCAUGCUAUUUUUAAAAUAAAACGGCUCCACUUUUGAUACAUGAACAGCAAGUACAUACUUCAAAAAUAGAUGUGAACUUUAAUUUUAAUUGAAUUUUAUGAAGUUUAAGUACUCUGAGCAUGGCUCUACUCUCUAAAUGUAAUAACAAUGUCGGUCACCAAAAUAACUAAUUUAAACAGCUGCCAUUUUUUGCUAAUUUUUAAAAGGUUUGUUUUCCAACGACCAUUCUUGGCACGACAUGAGUAAACACGAUGACUGUUUGCCAGAAAAUGUACUGAAGUUUUUCAGCAAUACGCAUAUUAGAUAUACUAAUAGAAACAACAUUUGGCAUUCCUAAAUUCCUGCAUUUUUCUAUUAUCAUAGUUUUGGUUUAGUAAUAUACUAGUUUUUAUUUUCAUAUUAUUUCAAACCUGUGUAUUUGAUAGGCCAGAAUUAAGCAGUUUUACACUUCCAUCCUGCAAAUGCUGCUUGAAUUAAAAAUAUGACGACUACACAACGCUCAUAUUUUCAUAAUUAAUAACAUGCAUAAUUAUAAUGCACUGUAAUUUUCAUUCACGUCGUUUAUGGAUGUUUGGUAUUCUUCAGCUCCGAAUGUAAUCAGCUGCUGCCAUCAUCAUCACUGGUUAAAAAUUAACUUUUUUGCUUCCGAGUUGGAAAUAUUUCCACUGCGAAAUGUAUUACCUAUUGCUAAUUUUGGGAUGCAAAAUUUCAUUUUUUUUUUUAUAAAAUUUCGAUCCAAAUCGUGACUUUCUCUGUUCCAAAACUGUAUAUGACUGUUUUGAUUUGAAAAAAUGAGAUAUGGCUUGGGAGCGAUGAGCUUUAAUUAAACAAACUUUUUUCACUUUCUCGUAAACUGCAUGUCACUCUAGCAGCUAGCUAGAUCUUAACCAAAUAUACGGUAGUUAAAAUAAA